AACACCACCUGAUAAAAAAAACAGUAAACCACACACCAAAAUUAAAUGAUAAUAAGAUUCAUUCAUGUCCCUUCAAUAUUUCAACACCCUUCAAAACCCCAUCACAAAACCCUCAAAAAACCUUCAUUAAACCCUAAAUAUGCAAUCUUUGCAACCACAACAUCACCACCGUUGGCCACCACCACCACAGACUCCGGCCUUCUUUUCCGGCAAAAGAUUCUGUAUCUUAAAGCCUUAAAAGUAAACCCCACAAAAGCCCUUCAAAAAAAUCCCAACUUUAGGUCAACCUCACUUCAAUCUUUAAAAUCAGUUGAAAAUUGUUUAUCCUCAAUGGGAAUUCUACGUUCCGAAUUUGGUCGUAUUUUGGAUAUGUAUCCACAGCUUUUAACCUGUGACCCACAUAAUGAUCUUUACCCUGUUUUUGGUUUUUUAUUGGAUGAUAUUGGUCUCGAGUUCUUCGAUAUAAGGAAGUCAAUAAUUAGGUGUCCUAGGCUUUUGAUAUGUAGUGUUGAAGAUCAGUUGAAACCCACAUUGUUGUUUUUAAGAAACUUAGGUUUUGUUGGUCCUAAUAAAAUCACUUCCCAAACUACAAUGUUGCUUGUUUCAAGUGUAGAUGGUACAUUGAGGCCUAAAAUGGAUUACUUAAUCGGGUUAGGGCUCGAGUAUGAAGACGUAGUUAAUAUGGUGUUGAGAUCACCAGGGUUGUUGACAUUUAGUAUAGAGAAUAAUUUUAAGCCUAAAGUUGAGUACUUUUUGAAGGAAAUGAAAGGGGAUUUAGGUGAUUUGAAAAGGUUUCCUCAGUACUUUUCGUAUAGUUUGGAAGGUAAGAUUAUGCGUAGGCAUCGGUUGUUGGUUGAUCAAGGACUUUCAGUACCGUUGUGGGAUAUGUUGAAGGUAAGUGAUGGAGAGUUUACUGCUCGGUUGAUUGAUGCCAGGCUUCGGUUAGGUGAUAAGAGAUAUAGGUUAUAAGUAUGCUUAGCUUUAUGUCUAGUCUAUUGUCAUAUAUGUUACUACUUGAUAGCUAAAGUGACAAUUUUAUAGAAAUGAGGUUUGUUGUUCAUCUUCUUGUAGCAUAUCGUAGUAAAUUGAUAAAGCUUUGUUAAUACAGCUUUUCGCUUUUUUGACUUCAAUAUAGUGAUAUGGUUACAACUUGA